AUUGAAGAAUGAGUUUUCCUGGAGCUUUUAGUUUCUGUUCCACUGCAGGGAGGUCAUAGGCGCCUAGGGUACAAAGGAGUCUGCGUGGCACUGACAAACCCAAGAUAGCGCCGGCCUGGGGCGCUGCAAAAGCCUCACACCUUCUUCCGCACAACGCAGAACUUCAGCUGGACCCUGUAGCCGGCUUCAUCAGCCGCAAGACCCAAAGCCGCACAGCGAGUUCAGUCCUGCGGAGUCUGGCUCAGGCUUUACCCACGCGGUGAAGAAACUGGCAGGCGGCAGGCUGAGCUACACCGGACACAGCCAAGUGGCCUGGGGCGCGGCCGCGGCGUUCCUAGAGUCCGGGUCUGGCGCGCCGCGGCGGCAGGCGCGCUCCGACCCUUCGCAGCUGCCUCUUUCCGUAGGUCUCCUAGUCGGGGCUUAAGCGGGUAAAACCAGCAGCGGGUCUCCACCUCGAGCGCUGGGCGUGCAACUCCCUCCGACCCUGGCUUACAUAACACGGACCGGCGCGCUCCCGCCGCUGCUUAGACCCUCGGCGGUGUUGGGCUGAGCCCUACACGCCUCCUCAGCGAACUCCGCCACCGCCUUGCCGCAGACUUCUGCGCCCCCCACUAGGAAGUGACCCUCCUUGGCUACGCAGCCGGGGCAGCCUGGACGCCUCUCCGCCGGCGUGAGAGCACUGAGAUUGGAGACGGGAGCGCCUCACUGUGCCCAAGCUCCCUCCCACUGCUCCCUCCUCCUCCCAUUUCUCCCCCCACCCCUGUGCCUGUGUGUGUUCUGUUCUGGCGAGGGGACCCGGAGUGCAGUCCAGACUCGGCGCGCGGCGAAGCUGCGGCUGCUCCUGCUACUAGGAGGAGCGCCGGCGGUGGUCGCCUUGCGCCUCCCCGGACUUCCCAAGUGGGGGCAGAACAACCACUCGCGAGAGACACCAGUUGGAAGGCACAGGCAAAGAGGAACCUUCAAACUCCUCCUCGGUGUCCCCUCUCCACCUCUUUUUGCCCCUGCCUUUUUUUUGGACAAAGUGGAGUGCGGCGCUUGGUCAUCGUUAUUUCCUCUGACUGCUUCGCGGUGCACGGAUUCAGCUGCUGCCCAGUGUGGCUUUCUCCUGUUUGCGCGUCUCUGUAUUGCUCCCUCCAGCACACCUCUGUCGACGAUGAGGAAAGGUCUGCGGGCGACAGCGGCCCGCUGCGGACUGGGAUUAGGAUACGUGUUGCAAAUGCUGGUGUUACCUGCCCUGGCCCUGCUCAGCGCCAGUGGCACCGGCUCGGCUGCUCAAGACGAUGACUUUUUUCAUGAACUCCCAGAAACCUUUCCAUCUGAUCCACCUGAGCCUCUGCCACAUUUCCUUAUUGAGCCUGAAGAAGCUUACAUUGUGAAGAAUAAGCCUGUGAACCUGUAUUGUAAAGCCAGCCCUGCCACCCAGAUCUACUUCAAGUGCAAUAGUGAAUGGGUUCAUCAGAAGGACCACAUAGUAGAUGAGAGAGUAGAUGAAACCUCUGGUCUUAUUGUCCGGGAAGUGAGCAUUGAGAUUUCGCGCCAGCAAGUGGAGGAACUCUUUGGGCCCGAAGAUUACUGGUGCCAGUGUGUGGCCUGGAGCUCAGCGGGCACCACCAAGAGCCGGAAGGCCUACGUACGCAUUGCCUAUCUACGGAAGACAUUUGAGCAGGAACCACUAGGAAAAGAAGUGUCCUUGGAACAGGAAGUCUUGCUCCAGUGUCGGCCACCUGAAGGCAUCCCAACGGCUGAGGUGGAAUGGCUGAAAAAUGAAGACAUAAUUGAUCCAGUUGAAGAUCGGAAUUUUUAUAUUACUAUUGAUCACAACCUCAUCAUAAAGCAGGCGCGCCUCUCCGAUACGGCCAAUUAUACCUGUGUUGCCAAAAACAUUGUUGCCAAGAGGAAAAGCACAACUGCUACUGUCAUAGUCUAUGUAAAUGGUGGCUGGUCCACCUGGACAGAGUGGUCAGUGUGUAAUAGCCGCUGUGGACGAGGCUAUCAGAAACGUACGAGGACCUGUACAAACCCAGCACCACUCAACGGCGGUGCCUUCUGUGAAGGGCAGAGCGUACAGAAAAUAGCCUGCACUACAUUAUGCCCAGUGGAUGGCAGGUGGACCUCAUGGAGCAAGUGGUCUACUUGUGGGACCGAGUGCACACACUGGCGCAGGAGGGAGUGCACAGCACCAGCCCCCAAGAAUGGAGGCAAGGACUGCGAUGGCCUCGUCUUACAAUCCAAGAACUGCACUGAUGGGCUUUGCAUGCAGAGUUUCAUUUAUCCCAUUUCAACUGAACAGAGAACCCAGAAUGAAUAUGGAUUUUCUUCUGCUCCUGAUUCAGACGACGUUGCUCUCUAUGUCGGCAUUGUAAUAGCGGUGAUUGUUUGCCUGGCGAUUUCUGUAGUUGUGGCCUUGUUUGUGUAUCGGAAGAAUCAUCGUGACUUUGAGUCUGAUAUUAUUGACUCUUCAGCACUCAAUGGAGGCUUCCAGCCUGUAAACAUCAAGGCAGCAAGGCAAGAUCUCCUGGCAGUACCCCCAGACCUCACUUCAGCUGCAGCUAUGUACAGGGGACCUGUCUAUGCUUUGCAUGAUGUCUCUGACAAAAUCCCAAUGACCAACUCUCCAAUUCUGGAUCCACUGCCUAACCUGAAAAUCAAAGUGUACAACACCUCAGGGGCUGUCACCCCGCAGGAUGACCUGUCUGAGUUUACAUCCAAGCUCUCCCCUCAAAUGACGCAAUCCUUGUUGGAGAAUGAAGCCCUCAGCCUGAAGAAUCAGAGUCUGGCCAGGCAGACUGAUCCAUCCUGUACUGCAUUUGGCACCUUCAAUUCCCUUGGGGGUCACCUUAUUGUUCCCAAUUCAGGAGUAAGCUUGCUGAUUCCUGCUGGGGCCAUUCCUCAAGGGAGAGUCUACGAAAUGUAUGUGACUGUAUACAGGAAAGAGAGUAUGAGGCCAUCCAUGGAAGACAGUCAGACCCUCUUGACCCCUGUGGUGAGCUGUGGGCCCUCAGGAGCCCUGCUGACGCGCCCUGUCAUUCUCACCAUGCAUCAUUGUGCAGAUCCCAAUACGGAAGACUGGAAGAUCCAGCUCAAGAACCAGGCAGCACAGGGAGAGUGGGAGGAUGUGGUGGUGGUCGGAGAGGAAAACUUCACUACCCCUUGCUACAUUCAGCUGGACUCGGAGGCCUGCCACAUCCUCACCGAGAACCUUGGCACCUACGCCCUAGUCGGGCAGUCCAUCACCAAAGCGGCCGCAAAGCGAUUGAAGCUCGCCGUCUUCGGGCCGCUCUGCUGCUCCUCUCUGGAGUAUACCGUCCGAGUCUACUGCCUGGAUGACACCCAGGAUGCCCUGAAGGAAGUUUUACAGCUCGAGAGACAGAUGGGAGGACAGCUCCUAGAAGAACCGAAGGCUCUUCAUUUUAAAGGCAGCACCCACAACCUGCGCUUGUCAAUUCACGACAUCGCCCAUUCCCUCUGGAAGAGCAAAUUGCUGGCUAAAUAUCAGGAAAUUCCCUUUUACCAUAUCUGGAGUGGGUCUCAAAGAAACCUGCACUGCACCUUCACUCUGGAAAGAUUUAGCCUGAACACGGUGGAGCUGGUUUGCAAACUCUGUGUGCGGCAGGUAGAAGGAGAGGGACAGAUCUUCCAGUUAAACUGUACUGUGUCAGAGGAACCUACUGGCAUCGAUUUGCCUCUGCUGGAUCCAGCGAGCACCAUCACCACCAUCACAGGCCCCAGCGCUUUCAGUAUCCCUCUCCCCAUCCGGCAGAAGCUCUGUAGCAGCCUGGAUGCCCCACAGACCAGAGGGCAUGACUGGAGGAUGCUGGCCCAUAAGCUAAACCUGGACAGGUACUUGAACUACUUCGCCACCAAAUCCAGCCCGACUGGCGUGAUCCUGGAUCUUUGGGAAGCACAGAACUUCCCAGAUGGAAACCUGAGCAUGCUAGCAGCCGUCUUGGAAGAAAUGGGAAGACAUGAAACAGUAGUGUCUUUAGCAGCCGAGGGGCAGUACUGACCCAUGCUGGAACUGAAAAUGAAGGACGCAAAUACACAGGGAGUCUGUUGCCGUCCAGGGGAUCACAGCUGAGGAGGAAAUCCAGACUAGACCCAUGAGCUUCACAGGCAAGAUUGCAGCGGGAAAGAGAAGGAAAACAGAUACGACUGCCAAUAUACAUGCCCACUUACUCGGACAUCAUCACAGAAGUUAAGAAAAAUUAUGUAAAUUUGUACCUUGAAUUUAGAAGUCAACCUAAUUUUCCUCUUAGUUGGGCUGUAUGCUGUGUGGUACAGGAUCUUACAGUUUCCUAGGAAACGCUUUUUAUUGCUAUCCAGAUAUAUGGAUAAACUUUCUUAACAAACCCAAUUUCUAUAAACGUUGUUUACAUCAAAUUGGACAGGGAUGCAGACACUGUCCAUGGCUCGUUCUAUUUUUGUUCAAAUCAUUUGAAGUUGAAGCUGUGGACGGUUUGUUGUGUCUAUUUCACGUGAGUAAUUUACAGAGAAAUCACAGACUUUUGCUACAAAUCUUGCGCAUCACGUGUCUCAGAUAAUCCUCCCAUCAGUGUCCUGUUUCUAGAAUUUGUAGAACCAGUGUUACUGUUUGUAUCAGGGAAGUGGAGAAUCUAAGUGUACAGGAGACAUAACUAAGACUCCUUUUCUUUGGGGGGACCCAUCUGGUGCCCACUGAGGAAUAAAGACGUAGCAUUGCAGGGAAGACAGUGAUUCCUUCUCAACCACACAAACAAGCAUUUCUUCACAACAUGUGUGUUUGUAAUAUGCAAUUUGAAGUGGUUUUAAAAAAGUAUCAUUAUUAUAUUAUUAUUGUUAUUAUUAUCAAUUAGCAUUUGCAAGUAUUCUAGUAAAAAGAUUUUUUUUUCUUUUUUUUAUUAUCAGUGCUGUUAGGAUUUGUUGAUUAGGCCUGCCUCACUUUCUUGGAUAACAAGUGAGGGCGUGGUCACCAGUUUAAUUCAACAGGCAUUACUUCUUUGAUGGUAGCUUUCUGUCACCAUUCUGCUUUGGAAGGGUAGUGAAUGCUUUUUGGCUUUGUCAGUCUGUUCUUUGGGCUUGCUCAGGCAGGAUCUCUCUCCUCUGAGUCUUACAGUGAGAAAUGCUCUGUAUUAAAUUCACUUAGUGUUGUGGUCAUGUGGCCCUAUGUGUACUCCCCGUGGUGCUCUUUAUACCUUAGAGGCAGGAUGGUUGGAAGAAUGGUCUUGGAACUGGAAAUCAGGAAACCAGUUCUCCUUUUGGGUUUGUCAUUGUCUAGCUGGGCAAGUCAUUUAACCUCACUGGAUUUCUGUUUCCUCACCUAGAAAAUGAAGGGGCUGGAAUAAAUCAGCUCAAGGUUCUAAAAUGCUGGACAGUGCGAGUCUCCAGUUUCAUGCAUCAGUCUGAAAACCACGUGUACUCUGACUUGGAUAAUUUAAACUGUCAUCUAAUUUUUUUUUUCCCCAGGCUACAUUAUGCCUUUCAAAGAGUUCUGACUUGGAAGAUAGUUAUUCUAACCUGUAACAUACUUGUUAGGUGUUCAAGUCUUGUCUUUUUGUCAUUGUAUUAUGCUACAUCCUUUAUUAACUAUCAUUUUCUUGUUGUCUCUUGGGACCACUAGCUUUCCUGACCAUUUGCACAUUCUGUUCUAUUAUUGUUUUGGUCUCUUGAUAUAUAAGACAACUCUUGCAAGCUUAUCCAGCAGUAGACAUUUGGUGCAUUUUUUUUCUCCCCUCUUAAUCUUUGCUUUCAUAAUACUCAAUAUCAUUUACAAAGGUUAUUUACUUCACUUUUACAAAAUUUUAUCCUGCAAAAUGGUAGUAAACAGACUACUUUGUGUAAGCCAUGAGGUUUCCUUGGGACCAUUACAAGCUCUUUGCUUAAACACAGACACUCAAUUCAUUCAGCCGGUGGGGAAUAAAAGAAUCAAGAGCCCAGUAGCCAAACCAAGAUUGAACAACAAGCCUCCAUGCUUAUGAAUUUAAUUUUGGGCUACCAGUAUCCAGGUUGUUGACUGGAUCUGAAUUAGGAAUCAUUUUAUAAAAUUUCUCCCCUUUUUUCCACACACAUCUCCUCUUCCUUCCUAUUUUAGUAACUUGUUGAGAUCCCCAGGCUCCUCCACCCACGUCAUCAAGGCAUUGUUUAUACUUUUGUUAUGGGGCCUCCUCUUUCAUACCUUUUAUUUAUCUUCUGUGUUAGGCAUAUAUUCUAUAAUUAGUUUGUCUCUCUCAGGCCACCUUCUGCAUUAAGAUUUCCAUACAUAAAAAUAUCUGUUACACUGAUCGUGGGAGAGGCUACACUGCUAAAUUCAGUGGAUAAUAUUUGUAUCAAUAAUAUUUGACCAAAAAGUAGUAAAAUUAUAUUCUAUGUAAAAAGAAAAAAUAGAUUAAAAAAAAAGAAAGGAGGAGGGAGAGCUAUAGUCCAUUGUGGUAUCUUGAAAUAAACUUGCCAAGAUUGCUGAUCAGUACUAGGGCGAAGGGGCUGUCAUCUGUCGGAAUCAAGAACUAGAAAUCUGAUCUGGAUACUCGAAGAGGCUUCUGUGCCUGUGAAGAGUAGAGGGAAGCAAAUACGUAGUUAUACAGAUAAAUUUAUUUCAUACUUUCACUAAGGGAAAAUAAAUAAAAGGUCAUCCACACAAAUAUUGAACACAGGAACUGCAUUAUUGAAGCCAUUGAAAGAAAGCCUUUUUGAGUUCACUUCAUAUGUUGGUUGGUCUUUGGUUCAAACCAGCCUCAGAAAAAGGAAGAGUAAUUCCUUGUAAGUGAGGUGCUCCUUUGUCCUAGAACCUUGUUACAUUCCCUGUCACGUGAAUGGCCCUUCUAUACGUACAUCACACAUUUUAUGUCAAAUAAUUUUCACUACAAAUUCUGAUUUCUUUCUCCUUUGAAGUAAUAGCUGAUAGUCUCAAACUUAGAAGGUCCAGAUGCAACAGUUCAUUUCAUAGGGAUUCACUUCCUCAAUAUUCAUAUGUCCUGCCUCUCAUUCCUAGGAUUCUACUGAGCUGGUGUGGAAAAGCUGGCUUGCCUCAUUUGGGUGGAAAAAACCUAUCACUUGUCCAUGGUGCCACCUAGUGGUAAAGAACACAACCCACCCUGAGUCUAGUAUAAAAGUCCCCCAAAAGUUGCCUGACCAAGUGAAUACCUGUAGAGAUCAAUAGGAUCGUUAUUACAAACAGACAUGGAGAAAUUUUCAUUUCAAAUCUGUAAUUUUCUUUUUCUCACAUUUUUCUUUACUUAAACUACCUAUUUCAAAAUUUCAUGUUAUUACUGGACCAGUACUUCUUCAAUUCAUUUAUAUACAAUAUGUUUUAAGUUGCUUUCUGCUAAGAGAAAUAACAGAGAUAUAGAAAAAUAUAUAUAAAGCAACCUUCAAAAAGUUAUUUUUAAUGUUUAAUUUUUCACUGUGCUUGAUAUAUUUUAAACAUCUUACUUUUAGUCUCUUAAUAUUUUUCUUUGGGAAUGUAAGUGGCAUCCAUUUAGGAAGAAAUAGGUUUUACAUCUGCAAAUGGGAAUCCAGUGUCUAAGGAAGAGAACAUUGUGGUUGUUAAUCAUGGAGAAGAAUGUUUCCUUCUUUCUGAUUUGGUGAUCUAAAGGCAGAGAUUUCAUCAUUCAAACUUCCUUAAAGUGAUCUAUAAGGAGAAGUUGGAUUCAGAAUUGUUAUCUGGUACAAGGUGAUGACCAUGAGCACGUGUAAUGCCGAAGUACUCACUGGUAACAGCUUUUCACAAACAGCAUCUUUCAGUGGAGGUACUCACCCCCAUUAAACACAGGAAAACCUCAUCCACAUAAAAGCAAUUUCAGCUCUUAAAGGGCAGGACAAUUCUUUGGGUGAAGUGUUCAGAAUUAAACUCCAUACCCAUUAGCCAUUUCCAUAUAUGUUACUAUUUUAUUAUUUCUCUCUCUCAACUGUCAAAAGAUAGAGCCAUUUUCUAGGAAAAAGUCAUGAGGACUGUGUUCAGGACACUCUGAAAAGGUCACAUUCAGUAGUGGAUUUUUUCUUUUUUUUCUCCUAGAAGAAAGAUACCAUAAAAGUAAACAUUUAGAGGAUGAAAUCAAGACUUGUUACUUCUGGAAAAGAACAAACAAGGUUCUUGUCCUAUGUAUCCUUACGUGUGAUCUGUCAGGGACCAGCAGCUGUGGUCUUGGUCCGCUUACUCGUCUGUAAUCACUGUCUGAGGAAGGGAUCCAGUAAGUUGAUCGGUAUCACCCCACAAUACGCAAGCCUUGACCUCGACAAGGUCUACUACCUGCAAGAGGCCAUAAAGAAGUUAGAAAAGGCUAAUGCGUUGAGUUUUCAGUCUUUGAGUUGAAUGUGAGUUUUAACUUUUGCUGAGCAGUUGUUCUGGACAAGGUCACAGUUUCAGAGAGAUCUUAGAGCAUGUCUAAGGCAGAUAAAAGAAUGGAAACACAGCUGAAAUGAAAUUGGGUUUUAUCCAUCUUCUUUCGGAACAGAGGAGCUUUUGUGAAACAGAACUCGAUUGUUCAAAGCCAAUUAUUUGUAAAGAUAAUAAUUGUCAAUGGACAUUAGAUUUUAUAGAUCUAAUAAGCAAAAAUGUCUUUAUAUUGUCUCAAGGUAAUAAAACAUUUUUCUACCUUUCCAGUGCCUCGUAGGACCAGCUAUUACACUUUGGAUUUUUGUUUUGUAUUAUUUUGCAUUGUUUUUAUUUAACCUUACUCAGCUAAUAUAGACUGAAAUGCUUAGGAGAACCUUUUCUUCUGUGUAAUGAAGUGCUGUUUCUUAUCCUAAGAGAGCUAUUUGUAUAAUCUCUGGCUGUAAUGAUCACUUUGAAAGAUUUCCCUUGCAUCUCUGAUGAUUUUUUAAAUGGAGUAAGGCAUAAGGGGAAUAAAUAUAUUGUGACCAAUGUUAAUUUAAGCCUGUGUCCAUACAGGCCAACUAAGUAAAAUGAAGUCAUAAAUAUUUCAAGAAUUCUGGCCUGAAAACCUGCUAUUUUUGAAAAGUAGGAAGAUGGCCCUGUAUGUCAUUGGGUGAGUUUUCUCUACAGACUAAACAAUCAACUUCCUGAUCAGUUAGUCUUACCGGUCUUGUGGUUGUCUGUUUCCAGAAUUCCCACUUUAAAACUGUCUUCAGAAGAGUUGCUGCUUCUCGGGUUUUCCAGUGGGCCUCUCACCUCCCUGUACUGAUCUGUGGUAGGAUAUUAACGGGCUCAUUCCACCAAAUGUAAGUUACCCCUAGACCUCUUUUAGCAUGGUGGAGGAAGGCAUCACCAGGACAAACCUGUAAGUUCUCCACAAAUGUACCAGCGAUUAAAACCAAGCAGUUUAAGAGGUUGUUUCCCAGCCCUCUGUAUACUUAGAUCCUUGUACAUUUAAGGGAUCUAUCCAGAGAUCUUCAGGGAUCCCUGCAGUAUACGUUAGAGGUGUGACUACAAGCUGUUGAGUAGAAAACAAAGAAGAUGUGCUGAGAUAGAGUCAGCUGCUCACCAGCCAAAUUAUGUGCUACUGUUCACCAGCCUCUUAACAUACCAUUUCAGAUCUGUGCCUCAGCAAAAUUAUACAUGGCUGACAGUCACAACACUUCAGGGUCCCUUACAAAUAAGAUGACAUCACCUGUGUCAUCCUUAAAUUCUAAAGGUCUACUGGACUUGGCCCUAUCAAACAUGCUGUUGAACUUGAUGGUACUCACCUGGGGUUGCAUAAAAACCUCGGUGCUCUGGUUCAGAACGUGAAUUGAAUGCAAUUGUGCUCAUCAGGAGCCUAUCACUGGUGAAUUCUUAGUCACUUAGUCUCUAAGCACUAUGAUAAGGCAACAUCACAGAAUCACGAACUGAACUAUGAUCUAGAUAUUAAGAGAAACCUGUUUUAGAGUCACAUAAAAGAGGAAGAAAACUACUGCCACUGGAAAAUGCCUUUGAACCUUCACGUUCUUAAAGUUGCUAAUGACGGUUGUAAAUGUAGGGGUAUACACUCAAAGGCAUACUCAUGCAAGCCUUGGAAAAGAAAAAGGACAGCAAUCAGAACAAGUUGAGUGUGUGGUUUGCAUUCUUUCCUUCACUUUUUCCUGGGACUAGUAAUUGGUAGUGAGCCCCUCACCCUCCAGACAGAACACAUUUAGCCCAGUUGCAGGGAAUAUCACUCCUCUGUGUGUGUUGUAUGUGCUCAUUGAGUUUAAUGUUGGUGACCUUCCUCUUUGCUCUUUCUAAAGGAGACAACCAAUGUUUGUCACAAAAAAAAAAAAUCCCACAGUCAUGUUGAAGAGGCUGUGUCAUUCACCUGCUGUUCCUUUGGAACAGUUCAACUGCAGAAAUGUCGGAUUAGGGUUUUCGUGCUUUGUCAUUUCUUCUUUUUUAAACAAAACAACCUUGGCUUUUCAGAUAUGGAACACUUCUUUUGUUGUUGUGGAAUUCCCUCUUGCUGUAUCUUCUAUGCAAUUCCUUUUCUAAAAUAUUCCUGGUGGAGGAUGAGUGCUCUGGGCAUUUUGCUCAUUGCAUAGCUGUGUGGUGGAAGCGAGGGAUCCCAGCUCUGGGUGGACCUCUCUUCUCUCCCUGGCUGCCUCUCCCUAUUUUUCCUGCAGUCCCCUUGGUUUGUAAAUUGCCUGCAUUUAUUCUGUCGGCCAACAUGUACAAAAUGUAAGAAAGAAUUUUUAAACAGGUAAUAAAUUAUAUUUAUAAGCAACAGACAGUGCAGCCUCCUCAUUUCUUCAUAAUAAUUUCCUCCCUCAUGUUAAAAGGCACCAUGUGUUUCCUUGGUAGGCUAAGAAAGCCCUUGGAUUUUGCAUGGAUGGAAGUCAAAACCUCCCUCAGUACUGGAUAAGGUUCUAAAACAUCUCUGUGCAUUGGAAUCAUUUCAGGAGCUCUAAGAAAAUACUAAUGCCUGGAUCCCACCCUAGCCACUCUGACUUAAUUGGCAUGGGGUACAGACUGGGCGUGGAGAGUUGUCAAAGCUCCCAGGUGAUACUAAUGGACAUUAGAACAUCUGCAUCAGAAUCAGAAUACAGGGAGCCUGUAAACAAACACAAAUUACUAGGCUCUACCCUCAGAGAUCCCCUUUUAACUAAAGUUUGUAACCAAUUACACUCAUAGGUGGGAAAUAUAAGGGAGCCCAAUAGUGCAGGAUGCCCAGAGCUAAAGACACCACCCAGACAUGUUCAGUGUGUUACAGGUGGACACUCAGCCACUCCCUUAGUCAGCAAGAGAAAGGCUCCAAGUGUGAGGUGGAAAGCAGCUGCCAGACCGAGAAGUCAAAGCCAAGGCAGACUUUUUCCUUAGUGGCAGAAAUAUCUAGAGUAUCCUUAGAUGGACUGUGACCUGCCCCUCCCCUCCUCAGUCUAAUUAGCCAGAGUGUUUUUAAGCAAUUACCCCACCUCCUGAGAUACUACGCCAUACCUGCAGGCUGGAAGACAGUGACUUAAGAUGGAUUCAAAACUGGGUUCACAAACUCAGACGUUUAUCAGGGCUAAGGAAAUAAUAAAAAUAUGUAAACUGGACCCUGAGUAAAACAAAAGGGAGAAGUGAGCCCUGUGGCUGAGUUAGCUCAAAACACAAUCUAAAAUGGAAAAAAAAUUAAAUUUACAAAACUAGACUUGACAAGGAAGACACAUGUUGGCACAAACCGAGUCUGACAUCAUCCCGUUGACCCCCAACUUGGAGCCUCAGCAGCUGGGAUUGUACCUAGGGCAGCAUGCAUGCAUUUUCACAGUCAGGUCAAUGAGGGGCCCUGACUGAGACCCUAUCUCUGAGUUGAGGUGGAGCUAGCGAGUUCUAAAAAUUGGCCUCUCCCUAAACCAUGUCUGUCCCUCUGUGCCAGCGCUUGGCCACCAGGCAAAGAACCUUCAUAUGCCCCAGGGAUUCCUGCAGCUGGAUUAGUAUCAGAACCCAGGCUAGGGAUUACUUAGCAGAAACAAUCUUCCUGAGAGCGAGCCCAUCGGUACUUUCGUGCUGUAAGCAGGUGGAAUAACCAACCGAAGCUUCAGCUUAUAAAAUGCCCAAUGCUGGGAGGAGAAUCUGUUUUCCUGAGCUGUGGAUUUACUA